UGGACAUUGAGAGAGAUCUUUUACAUAUCGUCUCUGACACCGUACAAACACACACUCCUUUUCCUCCUCAUCAUCCAAAAAUAGGAAAAAACGUUAGCAGAAGAACAAAGGGCAAAUUUCCAGAAGAUCUGAAGCUAAGUUUCGUUUCCUUUGGUAUGUAAAUCGGCAUCGAUUCAUUCCUUGUUAGUUGUUGCUUUUCUUCUCUCUUUCUGUUCCUUGGAUCUCCCGUACGCGUGCCGGAAUCUCCUGGGUCAAAAACCAUUGGAACUGUUGUCAUAUACAUACAUAAAGGAGAUUUCUUUACUUUGAUUUUGGAGUCUAAAGCAUCGGUUUGGCUUGAUACUGUUGCUUAAGGUGUGGGUUUGGAGAGAAAGUUGUGUUGGAUGGUCUUUACGCUGAGACAAGCGUGAAAAGAAAACCCGGUAUUUGAAGAAAUUUUGAGGGUUUAAUAAGCGAUGAGGGGGAGACCUGAUGGAGGCCAAAAGAAGAGGCUGAUCACUCUGGUUUGUGUGGUGGCAUUACUCGUUUGUUUUGUCUAUAUGUACUAUGGUUCCUCAAACCAGGGGGCAUCUGCUUUGCAAUAUGGAAGAUCAUUGAGGAAACUCGGAUCAUCGUAUUUGGGUGGAGAUGAUGAUGAUGGUGAUGAUGCUAAUAAGCAGGAAGAGUCUGUUGCCAAGUUUGGACAAGUAGACGGAGACAAUGAUGCCGUGCCUAAAACUUUCCCUGUAUGUGAUGAUCGACACUCAGAAAUUAUACCCUGCUUAGACAGGAACUUUAUCUACCAGAUGAGAUUGAAGCUUGACUUGUCUGUUAUGGAGCACUAUGAACGUCACUGCCCACCGCCUGAAAGAAGAUUUAAUUGUUUGAUUCCUCCUCCACCAGGCUACAAGAUUCCUAUUAAGUGGCCUAAGAGCCGAGAUGAAGUGUGGAAAGUAAACAUUCCUCACACCCACCUUGCACAUGAGAAGUCUGAUCAGAACUGGAUGGUUGUGAAAGGCGACAAGAUUAAUUUCCCUGGUGGAGGCACUCAUUUUCACUAUGGUGCUGACAAAUAUAUCGCUUCAAUUGCAAACAUGCUCAACUUUUCAAACAAUAAUUUGAACAAUGAAGGGAGAUUAAGGAAUGUUCUUGACGUUGGCUGUGGAGUUGCAAGUUUUGGAGCCUACCUUCUCUCAUCUGAUAUAAUCGCAAUGUCCUUGGCACCUAACGAUGUCCACCAGAAUCAAAUCCAAUUUGCUCUAGAGAGAGGAAUCCCUGCCUCUCUCGGUGUUUUAGGAACGAAGAGGCUCCCUUACCCGAGCAGAUCAUUCGAAUUUGCUCAUUGCUCUCGGUGCAGGAUCGAUUGGCUUCAAAGAGAUGGCAUCCUACUUCUCGAGCUCGAUCGGUUGCUCAGACCGGGUGGCUAUUUUGCGUAUUCAUCUCCCGAAGCUUACGCCCAGGAUGAGGAGGAUCUUAGGAUCUGGAGAGAGAUGAGCGCUCUUGUUGAACGCAUGUGUUGGAGAAUAGCUGAAAAAAGGAACCAGACAGUCAUUUGGCAGAAACCACUGACCAAUGAUUGUUACCUGGAGAGAGAGCCCGGGACACAGCCUCCUCUCUGUCGUUCAGACAGUGACCCUGAUGCAGUUUGGGGUGUGGCCAUGGAAGCUUGCAUCACACCUUACUCUGACCAUGACCAUAAAACCAAGGGAAGUGGGUUAGUGCCCUGGCCUGCAAGGCUGACUUCUCCUCCUCCCCGUCUUGCCGAUUUUGGUUAUUCGGCCAGCAUGUUCGAGGAGGACACGGAACUUUGGCGGAAAAGAGUGGAUAGGUACUGGAAUCUCUUGUCUCCGAAAAUCGAGUCAGACACGUUGAGGAACAUAAUGGACAUGAAAGCCAACAUGGGUUCUUUCGCUGCUGCUCUCAAAGAUAAGGACGUUUGGGUGAUGAACGUUGUCUCAGAGGACGGACCCAACACACUGAAACUGAUCUAUGACCGUGGCUUGAUCGGCACAACCCACGACUGGUGUGAAGCGUUUUCCACUUAUCCCCGAACGUAUGAUCUUCUACACGCGUGGACUGUGUUUUCGGACGUCGAGAGGAAAGGAUGCAGCCCCGAGGAUUUGCUUCUGGAGAUGGAUCGUAUUCUCAGACCGAGCGGAUUCGUCGUCAUCCGAGACAAACAACGUAUAGUGGAUUCGCUGAAGAAGUACUUGCAGGCUUUGCACUGGGACGUAGUAUCAGCCUCGGACCCGACCAGUUCGGAUCCCGACAGCGUUGACUUCAUCGUCCAGAAGAAGAUGUGGCUCACCACUGAAAGCCUCCGAGACACUGAAUAAGAAAUACAUUAGACUUCACCUCGAUGACUUUUUACGUAUCAGAAGAAGGAAAAAUAGAUUUAUUUAUUUCUCGGUCGCCAAAUUUUUUAUUUUUGUAGUGAUUUUAUUUAUUCGGGUGACCUGCGACCCAUAACAAGUGUUCUUGUUCUCAAAUUCAUCAUUGGUUUUUUUUUAAUGAUAUUUUGUUUUGUCUGAA